AUGCUGUGGUGCAGCUUUGACCACCACUUGCUCUCACUGGCGGCACUUCUGGUAAUUGUGAGCUGUGGAGGAGGGGAGCAGAGGAGAGGGACGGAUAGCAGCGCCAGCGGCACAGGUGGCAGCAGCAGCGGCAGCGGCAGCAGCAGUGGAUCAACUGGUAGCAGCAGUAGUAGUAAUUACAGCAGCAGACGCUUUCACAAGAUCCAGCAUGGCCAGUGCACCUACACCUUCAUCCUACCUGAGGGGGAUGGAGCCGGAGGAGGCGGCUGCAGGGAGGCGAGAGCCGGCAACCCCCAGUACAACGCCAACUCUCUGCAGAGGGACGCUCCACCUGAGCCUGAGUUUCCCAACCAGAAGAUCCAGCAGCUCGAGCACAUUAUGGAGAAUUAUACCCAGUGGCUGCAGAAGAUCGAAAACUACAUCAAAGAGAGCAUGAAGACGGAGAUGGCCCAGCUGCAGCAGAGCGCCGUGCACAACCACACAGCAGCCAUGUUGGAAAUGGGCACCAACCUCCUUUCUCAGACCGCUGAGCAGACGCGCAAGCUGACUGACGUCGAGACGCAGGUCCUGAAUCAGACGUCGAGGCUCGAGAUCCAGAUGCUGGAAAAUUCUCUAUCCACUAAUAAGCUGGAGAAGGAGUUAAUGGUCCAGACCAACGAGAUCAGCAAGCUGCAUGACAAGAACAGCCUCAUGGAACAGAAGAUGUCGGAGAUGGAGACGCGGCACCACGAGGAGCUGGAGACGCUGAAGCAGGAGAAGGGAAGCCUCCAGACCUUGGUGGGGAGGCAGAGCGGCGUUAUCCGGGAGCUAGAAACCCAGCUGAACCGCGCCACGGGAAACAGCACAGCCCUACAGAGACAGCAGCAGGAGAUGAUGGAUACCGUCCACAACCUGCUCAACCUCUGCUCCAAAGAUGGAGUUGUUCCUAACAGCACGAAGGUUGCGGACGAAGAGAAGAAGUUCCGUGACUGUGCCGACCUCUACCUGGCCGGCUUCCAUAAGAACGCCAUCUACACCAUCCAGAUCAACGCCCUGGAGACCAAAAAGGUUUAUUGCAACAUGGAGACAGCCGGCGGUGGAUGGACGGUGAUCCAGCGCAGAGAAGACGGCAGCAUGGACUUCCAGAGGACGUGGAAGGAGUACAAGACGGGUUUUGGGAGCGUGUCCGCAGAGCACUGGCUGGGGAACGAGUACGUUUACCAGUUGACCAGUCAGCGGCAGUACGCUCUGCGUGUGGAGCUGACAGACUGGGAUGGACACCAGGCCUUCUCUCUGUACGACCGCUUCCAAAUUGGCAGCGAGAAGCAGAACUACAGGCUGUUCCUGAAGAGCCACAGUGGGACCGCGGGCCGGCAGAGCAGCCUGGUGAUCCACGGAGCAGACUUCAGCACAAAGGACAUGGACAAUGACAACUGCCUGUGCAAGUGCGCCCUCAUGCUCACUGGAGGUUGGUGGUUCGACGCCUGCGGCCCGUCCAACCUCAACGGCAUGUACUUCACCCAAGGGCAACACAUAGGGAAGCUGAACGGUAUCAAGUGGCACUACUUCAAGGGCCCCAGCUACUCGCUACGAGCCACGGCCAUGAUGAUCCGCCCGCUGGACUUCUCGUAGUCUUUUGAACUCGUGAACUUUUAACGUAGAACAUUAAAGGGACGCUUCCUAUUUUAUCCUCUUGUCUCAUCUCAUUUCGCCGGCCAUGGGAGUCACCCUAUAAAUCUUAUAUU